CUGCCAAUUGAUCUUUACGCCGCUCACAUCAUAAAAGAUGCACGGUUGUAAAUCUGACGAACGGAUUCGGACGAAGUCGCUAUCAGCUGAUUACAACAACAAACAGCCGGUCUGAGGCCAAGGCUGUCUUCCUUUGGUCUAAAACCCUAUAAAAGAAGAAAGGAGGCUGUCAUCGUCCUGAACUACUAAAUGGCUCUGUUAGUGCUCAGCCAAUGCCCCUGAUUCUCCAAUCCUUGAAUGAAUGGAAAUUUUGUUCUUUACUAAUGCUUUUUAUAAAGAAUUUCACUCUGGUCAGAAUGGCAGGACUAUUACAAAGGAAAGAACUACUUGUGGGUAAAAGACCAACAGAAUUUUUGUGCGUUGGUCCAUCUUUUGAGGAAAACCCAAGUGACAUAGUUCUAAUCAUCCCAGGAAAUCCAGGUGUAAUAGGUUAUUACACUAGCUUCAUGAAGACCAUUUAUAUGACUCUAAAGGGCACUCAUGCUGUUUGGGCAGUUUCCCAUGCUGGACAUUGCUGUACGACUUACUCUACCUCACAGUUUGGGAAGGAUGUUUAUGACCUAAAGGAUCAAGUUAGACACAAGAUUGACUUCAUCCGUGAUUUUGUUCCCAAAGGAGCAAAAGUAACACUUGUCGGACAUUCCAUAGGUUGUCAGAUAACUCUCAAUGUCCUUCAGGCAUUUGAGGAUAGCACAGAUAUAAGCAUAAAGAAGAGUUACCUCCUGUUCCCCACCAUAGAGAGAAUGAAGGACUCACCAAAUGGGACUCGUCUUUGGCCUGUACUCUGCUAUUUCCGUUGGCUUACCAUUCUCAUGGCCAUAAUUGUAAGUUUUAUACCACAGAAGUUGAAGGAGAGCUUGCUUAAUCUAUAUUUUGGAAGAAAAGCCCAUGAACAUGUAAUUAAGGCCUCAAUUGAGCUCAUGAAUCCCAAGAUUAUACAGAAUGUCCUUUGGAUGGCUUAUAACGAGUUAAAUGAGGUUUGUAUGCCCAAUGUAAAAGCACUUGAGAAACACAAGGACGAGUUAUUGCUCUAUUACGGAACAAAUGAUGGCUGGUGCCCUAUGUCCUAUUACCGGGAUCUAAUAGUAAAGGUGAAAGGAGUUAAUGCUCAAGUGUGUCAGCAUGGAUAUGCACAUGCUUUCGUUCUGGAGAGCUCAGUGCCCAUGGGAGAAAAGGUGGCCCAUUGGAUGAUAUCAUGAGAAAGCUUGGAUACAGUAUUUGUUAAGAAUAUACAUUUCCUAUUAAUAGCAAAGGAUUGUAGCCAUGGUGGAAAAGGUUAUUUGUGUUGGUUUAUUUAUUUACCCAGUGGUAUUAAGACUACAAGGUUAACAAUUAAUCUUUAUGUAGUUAAGGUACAUAACUUCAUAGUUGUGCAUGCAUGUGUGCAUGUGUCUGCAUUUUAAGCAGCAUUAAUGAACAAUUGUUUCAUGGCAGCUGUGUAAUUGGUUCAGAAGCUUAAGGAUAAGAUAUUGAAGUCAAAAUAUUUUUGAAUAUAUUUUUGAGGUUAAGAUGGCUCAUUAUGAAGCAUUUAUGUUAAAUCUUAGUCAUUAGUGUAUUAUUGUUAUUCUUUUUAAAUUGAAGACAAGCUCAACCCUUUCUCACUUCCUCUUUUGUUUCUUUCACUUUCUCUUUUUCUUU